GGGAGUGAGUGAGAAAGAAAGCCGGAGUCACUGAUCCGCCGCAGUUCUCUGCUGCAACUCAACUCCGCUCUCCCUAUUCGUUGCCUGGACAUGUCCUGAACAACUUGGAUUUCCUCUCGUCCAUUAUUUGCUCCAGCUCUCUCCCUAUUUCGUCUCCUUUUUUUCUGUCCAACUUUUAAGAUCGGCUGGAAGUCUUGGGCAAUGCGGCCGCCUGGAUGCGGGGAGCAGCGGCGGGUCUCAUUUUCGUGGGGGAAAUGCUGAAGAACCGAAGCAAGGGGAAAAGUUGGUACUUUCGACGGGGUUUUCUGGGCUUUGGGGGUGCUUUAAUCAAACCGUGGGGAGGGUGGGUUAACGGAGCUGCAAGAGACUUUUAAAGUGGAGCGAGGAGGCUUCCGCUGGCCUGGUUCCUGGUUGUGAACACCAUGGGUAGACAUUUGGCCAUGCUUUUACACUUACUUCUUCUCCAGCAUUUUGGAAACAGUGAAGGAAGCCAAAGAACUGAACAGAUUCCUGAAAUAAUCCAGUUUACACAAUUUCAAUACAAUGUGACUGUAUAUGAAAACUCCGCAGCCAAGACUUAUGUCGGGCAUCCUGUAAAGAUGGGCAUUUAUCUCACAGAUCCCUCAUGGGAUUUACGGUACAAAAUCAUUUCAGGGGACAAUGAGAACCUGUUCAAAGCCGAAGAGCAUAUUCUUGGGGACUUUUGCUUUCUAAGAAUAAGGACCAAAGGAGGUAAUACAGCUAUUCUUAACAGAGAAGUUAAAGAUCAUUACACAUUGACUGUGAAAGCAGUGGAAAAAAAUACCAAUGCUGAAGCCCGCACCAAAAUCAGGGUACAGGUACUGGACACGAACGACUUAAGACCUUUGUUUUCUCCAACGUCCUACAGUGUUUCUCUGCCUGAAAAUACAGUCAUCAGGACCAGCAUUGCGAGAGUCAGUGCCACCGAUGCCGAUAUAGGAACCAAUGGAGAAUUUUACUACAGUUUCAAAGAAAGAACAGAUAUGUUUGCCAUUCACCCAACCAGUGGCGUAGUCGUUUUAACCGGCAGGCUUGACUAUGUAGAGACCAAACUGUAUGAGAUGGAAAUCCUGGCCGUAGACCGUGGGAUGAAAUUGUAUGGCAGUAGUGGGAUCAGCAGCAUGGCACGACUGACUGUUCACAUAACACAGGCCAAUGAAUAUGCCCCCGUGAUAACGGCAGUGACCCUCUCCCCAUCAGAACAGGAGAAGGACCCAACUUAUGCUGUAGUGACGGUGGAGGACCGUGACGAAGGUUCCAAUGGGGAAAUUGCUUCUUUAAGCAUUGUGGCAGGAGAUCCCCUUCAGCAAUUCCGAACCCUGAGAUCUUUUCCAGGAAGUAAGGAAUAUAAAAUCAAAACUGUUGGCAGUGUAGACUGGGAGAGCCACCCCUUUGGAUAUAAUCUCACCCUCCAGGCUAAAGAUAAAGGAAAUCCACCACAGUUCUCAUCUGUAAAAGUCAUUCAUUUGACAUCUCCAAGGUUCAAGGCAGGGCCAGUCCACUUUGAAAAGGACAUUUAUAGAGCAGAAAUCAGUGAAUUUGCCCCUCCCAACACUCCUGUUGUCAUGGUAAAAGCCAUACCUCAUUAUGCACACUUAACAUAUGUUUUUAAAAAUACUCCCAGCAAAGGAAGGUUCCAUAUAAAUCCCAAUACGGGUCUCAUUACAAUUUUAGAACCAAUCAGAACUCGGCAAGCAUCACAUUUUGAACUUGAAGUCACAACCAGUGACGGAAGAGCCUCUAGCAAAGUCUUAGUGAAAGUCAUAGGCACGAACAGCAACCCCCCUGAAUUUACUCAAACAUCCUAUAAAGCAUCCUUUGAUGAAAACGUACCAAUAGGGACGAGCGUCAUGAGUGUGAGUGCUAUCGACCCCGACGAGGGUGAGAAUGGCUAUGUCACCUACAGCAUCGCCAACCUCAAUCACGUACCGUUUGUCAUUGACCAUUUCACAGGUGCUGUGAGUACUUCAGAGGACUUGGAUUAUGAAUUGAUGCCCCGAGUUUACAACCUGAGGAUAAGAGCAUCAGAUUGGGGCUUGCCCUAUAGGAGAGAAGUGGAAGCCCUUGUCACUCUCACUCUUAACAACUUGAACGACAACACCCCAUUGUUUGAGAAAAUAAACUGUGAGGGAACAAUCCCUAGGGACCUGGGUGUGGGAGAGCAAAUAACUACAGUUUCUGCCAUUGAUGCUGAUGAACUUCAGUUGGUAAGAUAUCAGAUUGAAGCUGGAAACGAAUUGGACUUAUUUAGCUUAAAUCCCAGCUCUGGGGUCCUUUCACUGAAGCACUCUCUAGUUGAGGGUUUAGGGGCCAAGGUUUCUUUCCAUAGCCUGAGGAUAACGGCUACUGAUGGAGAAAAUUUUGCAACACCGUUGUACAUCAAUAUCACUGUGGCUGCCAGUCGUAAACCAGUGAAUUUACAUUGUCAAGAGACCGGUGUGGCCAAAAUGCUGGCUGAGAAGCUUCUGCAGGCCAACAAAUUACACAACCGAGGAGAAAUUGAAGAUGUUUUCUUUGACACCCAUUCCAUCAAUGCUCAUGCUCCACAGUUUAGAAGCAGUCUUCCCACUAGUAUUGAGGUAAAAGAAAAUUACCCUGUAGGUUCUAACAUCAUACUCAUGAAUGCUACUGAUCUUGACAGUGGUUUUAAUAGCAAACUGGUUUAUUCUAUUUCUGGGGGAAAUGAUGAUAGCUCUUUUAUUAUUGAUUUGGAAACAGGAAUGCUAAAAGUUUUAUCUCCCCUUGACCGAGAGACAAAAGAAAAAUACAGCCUGAAUAUUACCGUCUAUGACCUUGGGAUACCACAGAAAGCUGCUUGGCGUCUUCUAGACAUCCGAGUUUUGGAUGCCAAUGAUAAUAAACCAGAAUUUUUGCAAGAUAACUAUUUCGUCGAGGUCAGCGAAGACAGGGAGCUCUAUAGUGAAAUCAUCCAGAUUGAAGCUGUAGAUAAAGACCUAGGACCAAAUGGAGAAGUGAAAUAUUAUCUCCUUACGGACACAGACAAAUUUUCAAUCGACAGUGAGACGGGUGUUGUUAAAGUUGUGGGACCUUUGGAUCGGGAAAUCCAGCCUGUCCACUUCUUAAAGAUUGAAGCCCGGGAUCAAGCUAAAGCGGAACCUCAGUUGUUUUCUACUGUGCUUUUGAAGGUGUCAUUAGAAGAUGUGAAUGACAACCCCCCUAAAUUUAUUCCAUCUAAUUACCUAGUGAAAGUUCGAGAGGAUCUCCCAGAAGGAACUAUCAUUAUGUGGCUAGAAGCCUACGAUCCUGAUUUUGGUCAGUCAAGUCAAGUGAGAUACAGCCUUAUCGACAGCGGAGAUGGAAACUUUGAUGUUGACAAACUCAGUGGAGCGAUUCGUAUUGUACAACAGCUGGACUAUGAGAAGAAGCAAGUUUAUAAUCUGACCAUCAGAGCCAAAGACAAAGGGAAACCGGUCGCACUUUCUUCCACUUGUUAUGUGGAAGUCGAGGUCAUUGAUGUCAAUGAGAACUUACAUCCACCACUGUUUUCUAGCUUUGUGGAUAAAGGCAUAGUGAAAGAAGACGUGCCUAUUGGUACAUCAGUGAUGACGGUAUCUGCCCAUGAUGAGGAUACAGGACGGGAUGGAGAGAUACGUUACUCAAUAAGAGAUGGCUCUGGUGUUGGCAUUUUCAAAAUAGAUGAAGAGAAAGGUGUGAUAGAGACUGCUGAAAAGUUGGACCGUGAGACUGUCUCCCAUUACUGGCUGACAGUCUUUGCAACAGACCAGGGUGUUGUGCCUCUUUCAUCAUUCACCGAGAUCUAUAUCGAAGUCGAGGAUGUUAAUGACAAUGCGCCCCAGACAUCGGAGCCGGUUUAUUAUCCAGAAGUCAUGGAAAAUUCGCCCAAGGAUGUGUCUGUUGUACAGAUUGAGGCUUUUGAUCCCGACUCUAGCUCCAGUGACAAGCUGACUUACAAAAUAACCAGUGGAAAUCCACAGGGCUUUUUUUCAAUACAUCCCAAAACAGGUCUCAUCACAACCACAUCAAGAAAACUAGACCGAGAACAACAGGAUGAACAUAUACUAGAAGUGACAGUGACAGAUGAUGGUACUCCUCCAAAAUCAACCAUUGCAAGAGUGAUUGUGAAAAUCCUCGAUGAGAAUGACAACAAGCCCCAGUUCUUACAGAAAUUCUAUAAAAUCCGACUCCCAGAACGCGAUAAGCCAGACCGUGAAAGAAGUGCCAAACGAGAACCCAUAUAUCGGGUUAUAGCUACAGACAAAGAUGAAGGCCCCAAUGCAGAGAUCUCAUAUAGCAUUGAAGAUGGAGAUGAGCAUGGCAAAUUCUUCAUUGAACCAAAAACUGGAGUUGUUUCUUCUAAGAAAUUUUCAGGAGCACGCGAAUAUGAUAUUCUUUCAAUUAAAGCUGUUGAUAAUGGUCGCCCUCAGAAGUCAUCUACUGCCCGGCUCCAUAUUGAAUGGAUCUCCAAGCCCAAACCAUCCCCUGAACCAAUUUCCUUUGAAGAACCAUAUUUUUCUUUCACUGUAAUGGAAAGCGAUCCAGUUGCUCACAUGAUUGGGGUGAUUUCUGUUGAACCCCUUGGCACACCCCUUUGGUUUGACAUCAUUGGAGACAGUCUUGCUAGAGAAGUUUUUUACAUCUUUCAGAUGGCUUGUGACCUGAACUGUACAGCAGAAGGUGGUAACUACGACAGUCGCUUUGAUGUGGACAAGGGCACUGGCACCAUCAUUGUUGCCAAGCCUCUUGAUGCAGAACAAAAAUCAAACUACAAUCUGACAGUGGAGGCAACAGAUGGAACCACAGCCAUCAUCACUCAGGUACUCAUCAAAGUGAUAGACACAAAUGACCACCGCCCUCAGUUUUCAAAAUCGAAAUAUGAAGUCCUCAUUCCAGAAGACACAGUGCCCGACACAGAGAUUUUGCAAAUCAGCGCUACGGACCAGGACGAAAAAAACAAACUGAUCUAUACUUUGCAGAGUAGCACUGACCCCCUCAGCCUCAAGAAAUUCCGUCUUGAUCCCGCAACCGGCUCACUUUAUACAACUGAGAAGCUUGAUCAUGAGGCUGCUCACCAGCACAUCCUCACCGUGAUGGUGAGAGACCAAGAUGUGCCGGUCAAGCGCAGCUUUGCCAGAGUGAUUGUCAAUGUCAGUGACACGAAUGACCAUGCACCUUGGUUCACCAGCUCAUCUUACCAAGGGCGAGUUUAUGAGUCGGCUGCGAUCGGAUCUGUGGUGUUGCAGGUUACAGCCCUAGACAAGGAUAAAGGAGAAAAUGCUGAAGUUUUGUAUUCUAUUGAAUCAGGGAAUAUUGGGAAUUCCUUUACUAUCGAUCCUAUAUUAGGUUCUAUAAAGACUGCCAAAGAGCUUGACCGAAGUAACCAAGGAGAAUAUGAUUUGAUGGUGAAAGCUACAGACAAAGGGAAUCCUCCACUCAGUGAAAUGACUUCAGUGCACAUCUUUGUCACUGUCUCUGAUAAUGCCAUCCCCAGGUUUACCGCUAAAGAAUACUCUACUGAAAUAAGUGAAACUGCUUCCAUUGGUAGCUUUAUCGGGAUAGUCAGUGCACAUAGUCAGUCAUCUGUGGUGUAUGAAAUAAAAGAUGGAAACAUAGGCGAUGCUUUUGACAUUAACCCCAACUCAGGUGUUAUCAUCACUCAAAAAGUUCUGGAUUUCGAAACUCUCCCCUUUUACACCCUCAUAGUUCAAGGAACGAACAUGGCUGGUCUGUCUGCUAAUACGACCGUUUGGGUGCAUCUUCAAGAUGAGAAUGACAACGUGCCAGUCUUUAUGCAGGCAGAAUACACAGGACUCAUCAGUGAAUCAGCUUCAAUCAGUAGUGUGGUCUUAACAGACAAAAAUGUCCCACUAGUCAUUCGAGCUACAGAUGCCGAUAAGGAAUCAAAUGCUUUGCUUGUUUAUCAGAUUGUCGAGCCCUCUGCCCACAAAUAUUUUGCCAUCGACUCAAGUACUGGCGCCAUUCGAACUGUACUUAGCUUGGAUUACGAGGAAGCACAUAUUUUCCACUUUACGGUGCAAGUCCACGACAUGGGAACCCCACGUUUAUUUGCAGAGCAUGCGGCCAAUGUGACGAUACAUGUAAUUGACAUUAACGAUUGCCCUCCCGUGUUCCCCAGAAUGCUAUAUGAAACAUCUAUUUUGGUGCCCACAUACAAAGGAGUAAAAGUCAUCACAGUAAACGCUACAGAUGCUGAUUCAGUUGCUUUUUCACAGUUGAUGUAUUCCAUUCCUGAAGGCAACAUUGGUGAGAAAUUUCUAAUAGAUCCUAAGACUGGGACUAUAACUGUCCAAAAUGCAACCCAAUUAAGAAGUAGAUACGAGUUGACAGUGAGGGCUUCUGAUGGCAGAUUCACGAGCCACACCUCUGUAAAAAUCAACGUGAAAGAAAGCAAAGAGAGUCCGCUGAAGUUUACCCAGAACUCCUACUCUGCAGUAGUGAAAGAGAAUUCCACGGAGGCCAGAACCAUCGCUGUUAUUACUGCCAUUGGGAAUCAAAUAAAUAAGCCUUUGUUUUAUCACAUCCUCAACCCUGACAGCAGAUUUAAAAUAAGCCACACAUCCGGAGUGCUCUCAACCACAGGCAUACCGUUUGAUCGUGAGCAACAAGAGGCUUUUGAUGUAGUUGUAGAAGUGACAGAAGAACAUAAGCCCUCGGUGGUGGCACACAUCGUGGUGAGAGUCGUCAUAGAAGACCAAAACGAUAAUGCACCCGUGUUUGUCAACCUUCCUUAUUAUGCUGUUGUCAAAGUUGAUGCCGAGGUGGGCCACGUCAUCCGUAGUGUGACUGCUGUCGACAAAGACGUUGGUAGAAAUGGGGAAGUGCACUAUUACCUCAAGGAACACCAUGAACACUUCCAGAUUGGGCCUUCUGGUGAAAUCUCCUUGAAAAAGAAGUUUGAGCCAGACACCUUAAAUAAGGAGUAUCUCAUCACCAUAGUAGCCAAAGAUGGCGGCGACCCGGCUUUCUCUACUGAAGUCAUUGUGCCAAUUACAGUUAUGAACAAAGCCAUGCCUAUUUUUGAAAAGGCCUUUUACAGUGCUGAGAUCCCUGAGAAUAUCCAGUUGCAUAGCCCAGUUGUCCAUGUACAAGCCAACAGCCCAGAAGGCCUUAAGGUCUUUUACAGCAUUACAGAUGGAGAUCCAUUUAGUCAGUUUACUAUCAACUUCAAUACUGGAGUUAUAAAUGUCAUAGCUCCUUUGGAUUUUGAAUCUCACCCCGCAUAUAAAUUAAGCAUCCGAGCGACUGACUCCUUGACUGGGGUUCACGCUGAGGUGUUUCUUGACAUCAUUGUUGAAGAUGUCAAUGAUAACCCUCCUGUCUUUGCACAGCAGUUGUACGCUACGACCCUGUCCGAGGCGGCUGUGAUCGGAAUGUCUGUUGUUCAAGUUCAGGCUACGGAUUCAGAUUCUGCACCCAACAGGGGGAUUUCUUAUCAUUUGUUUGGGAACCAUAGCAAAAGUCCUGACCAUUUCCAUAUAGAUAGCAGCAGUGGUCUUAUUUCAUUGGUGAGAACCCUGGACUAUGAGGAGACUCAGCAGCACAAACUGCUGGUGAGGGCUAUUGAUAGCGGCAUGCCCCCAUUGAGUAGUGAUGUGAUCGUGAUGGUGGAAGUCACUGAUCUCAAUGAUAAUCCACCAUUAUUUGACCAGCUCCUCUAUGAAGCUAAAAUAAGUGAGCAAGCCCCCCAUGGACAUUUUGUGACCUGUAUUAAAGCCUAUGAUGCAGACGGUUCAGACAUCGACAAACUGGAAUAUUCCAUCCUGUCGGGUAACGAGCAUAAGAAUUUUGCAAUUGAUAGCAAGACAGGCAUAAUCACCCUUUCAAACCCACGCCGACAGACCUUAAAGCCAUUUUACAAUAUUAAUGUCUCUGUGUCUGAUGGCGUGUUCAGGAGCUCAGCCCAGGUCGAGAUUAUUGUAAUCCAAGCCAAUUUGCAUAGCCCCGUUUUCAUGCAAAAUGAAUAUGAAGUAGAAUUGGCUGAAAAUGCCCCUUUGCAGACCCUGGUGAUCGAAGUCAAAGCAACUGAUGAGGAUUCUGGAAUUUAUGGUCAGGUUACUUACCAUAUUGUAAAUGACUUUGCCAGAGACAGAUUUUACACAAAUGAGCGGGGACAGAUAUUUACCUCAGAAAAGCUUGACCGAGAAACCUCAGGAGAAAAGGUCAUUGCAAUUCGACUGAUGGCCAAGGAUGCUGGAGGAAAGGUUGCCUUCUGCACCAUCAAUGUGAUCCUUACAGAUGAUAACGAUAAUGCUCCUCAAUUCCGAGCAACCAAGUACAGAGUGAAUAUUGGCUCUGAUGCCGCCAAAGGCACCUCUGUCAUCAAAGUGCUUGCAUCAGAUGCCGAUGAGGGCUCCAAUGCAGACAUCACAUACUCCAUAGAAGCGGAUUCUGAAAGUGUCCAGGAGAAUCUGGAAAUCAACAAACUCCUUGGAAUCAUCACAACAAAAGAAAGCCUGGUUGGCUUAGAAAAUGAGGUUUUCACUUUCUUUGUGAGAGCAAUGGAUGGUGGGUCUCCCCCCAAAGAAUCUGUUGUUCCGGUUUAUGUGAAAAUCCUCCCCCCAGAAACUCCGCUGCCCAAAUUUUCAGAGCCUUUUUACACCUAUACGGUCUCAGAAGACCUGCCUAUUGGAACUGAAAUAGAUGUUAUCAGAGUAGAUCAUAGUCAGCCCGUGUUAUACAGCUUAACCAAAGGGAAUACACCUGAGAGCAAUGGGGGCGAAGUCUUUGUCAUCGACAAACACAGUGGGAAACUGAAACUAGAGAAGAGUCUUGAUCACGAGACGACAAAAUGGUACCAGUUUUCAGUGGUUGCCCAAAGCACCCAUGAAGACUCUGAAGUUGUGUCUUCUGUAGACAUCAGUAUUCAGGUGAAAGAUGCUAAUGAUAACAGUCCGGUCUUAGAGUCCAACCCAUAUGAAGCAUUUAUUGUUGAAAACCUGCCAGGGGGAAGUAAAGUCAUCCAAGUCAAGGCAACUGAUCUUGAUUCAGGAACCAACGGCCAAAUCCUCUAUAGUUUAGACCAGUCACAAAGCUUGGAUGUCAUUGAGUCUUUUGCCAUAGAUAUGGAAACUGGGUGGAUUACAACUCUUAAGGAACUUGAUCAUGAAAAGAAAGACAAAUACCACAUCACAGUGGUUGCAUCUGAUUAUGGGGAGAAAGUUCAGCUGUCUUCCACAGCAGUUGUGGAAAUUUCUGUAACAGAUGUGAAUGACAACCCUCCACGCUUCACUGCAGAAAUUUACAAAGGGACUGUGAGUGAAGAUGACCCACCUGGUGGUGUCAUUGCUAUAUUAAGCACCACUGAUGCUGAUACCGAAGAGAUUAACAGACAAGUGACUUAUUAUAUAACAGGGGGAGAUCCAUUAGGACAAUUUGCAGUUGAAAAUAUACAGAAUGAAUGGAAAGUCUACGUGAAGAAACCUCUAGAUAGGGAAAAAAAAGACAGCUAUCUUCUCACCAUUACUGCAACAGAUGGUGCCUUUUCUUCAAAAGCCAUAGUGGAAGUGAAAGUCCUCGAUGCAAAUGACAACAGCCCCAUUUGUGAAAAGAGUGCCUAUUCAGAUACAAUUCCUGAAGAUAUCGUUCCUGGGAAACUAAUCCUGCAGGUCUCUGCUGUAGAUGCAGAUAUCCGUUCCAAUGCGGAAAUUACUUACACGUUGUCUGGCCCUGGUGCAGAAAAAUUCAAACUAAAUGCAGAUACAGGUGAAUUGAAAACAGUUUCCCCCCUGGAUCGUGAGCAACAAGCAGUUUAUAAUCUUUUGAUCAAGGCUACAGACGGAGGAGGGCGAUUCUGCCAGAUGAGUGUUGUCUUCACGUUGGAAGAUGUCAAUGAUAAUGCCCCAGAAUUCUCAGCUGAUCCAUAUGCCAUUACAGUGUUUGAAAACACUGAGCCCAAGACACCGUUGACGAGAGUGCAGGCCACUGAUGCAGAUGCAGGAUUAAAUCACAAGAUUUCCUACUCAUUGCUGAACUCUGCAGAUGGGCAAUUCUCCAUUGAUGAAUCCUCUGGAAUUAUCCGAUUGGAGAAGCCUUUGGACCGAGAGUUACAGGCGGUGUACAAUCUGAUUUUGAAAGCUGUAGAUCAGGGUGUGCCAAGGAGGCUGACUGCUACCGGCACUGUUGUUGUCUCUGUUUUGGAUAUUAAUGAUAAUCCACCUGUGUUUGAAUAUCGUGAGUAUGGAGCCACGGUGCCUGAGGACAUCCUCGUGGGAACAGAGGUUCUUCAGGUCUAUGCGGCCAGCCGGGAUAUUGAAGCCAAUGCAGAGAUCACUUAUGCAAUCAUCAGUGGCAAUGAGCAUGGGAAAUUCAGUAUUGAUUCUACAACAGGAGCCAUAUUUAUUAUUGACAGCCUGGAUUAUGAAAGCUCUCAUGAAUAUUACCUGACAGUCGAAGCCACAGAUGGAGGCACACCUUCUCUGAGUGACGUCGCAACAGUGAAUGUUAAUGUCACAGAUAUCAAUGAUAACACCCCAGUAUUCAGCCAGGAUACCUAUACUGCAGUGAUCAGUGAAGACGCCGUUCUUGAACAGAGUGUUGUCACUGUUAUGGCGGAUGAUGCUGAUGGCCCCUCAAACAGUCACAUUCACUAUUCAAUCAUAGAUGGCAAUCAGGGGAAUCCCUUUACUAUUGAUCCUGUAAAAGGGGAAAUUAAAGUGACUCAACUUCUAGACCGGGAAAUGAUUUCAGGUUACACACUCACAGUCCAAGCCGCUGACAAUGGCAGCCCACCCAGAGUCAACACAACCACUGUGAACAUCGAUGUAUCUGAUGUCAAUGACAAUCCUCCGGUUUUCUCAAAGGGCAACUAUAGCAUAAUCAUCCAGGAAAACAAACCUGUGGGUGUCAGCGUCUUGCAGCUGAUGGUGACAGACAAGGAUUCUUCGCAUAAUGGCCCACCUUUUUCCUUUUCUAUCAUGAGUGGAAAUGAAGAGAAAGCAUUUGAAGUUAACCAAGAAGGAGUCCUUAUAACCUCAACGGCCAUAAAGAGAAAAGUAAAGGAUCAUUACUUCCUUCACGUCAAGGUGGCAGACAAUGGAAAGCCUCAGUUAUCUUCUUUGGCUUAUAUCGACAUUAGGGUUAUUGAAGAAAGCAUCUAUCCCCCUGCCAUUUUGCCACUGGAGAUUUUCAUUACUACCUUUGGGGAAGAGUAUUCAGGUGGUGUCAUUGGGAAGAUCCAUGCAACAGACCAAGAUGUCUAUGACACCUUAACAUACAGUCUUGAUCCCAGAAUGGACAACCUCUUCUCUGUCUCCAGCACAGGCGGUAAACUGAUAGCGCACAAAAAGCUAGACAUGGGACAGUACCUCCUUAACGUCUCAGUGACUGAUGGAAAAUUCACCACCAUGGCUGACAUCAUGGUGCACAUCAAGCAGGUCACACAAGAAAUGCUCAACCACACCAUUGCCAUCCGCUUCGCCAACCUCACCCCUGAGGAGUUCGUCGGGGACUAUUGGCGUAACUUCCAGAGGGCUUUGCGGAAUAUCCUGGGCGUGAGGAGGAAUGACAUACAGGUGGUGAGUUUGCAGACCUCGGAGCCUCAGUCCAACCUGGAUGUCUUACUGCUUGUUGAGAAAUCUGGUAGCUCCCACGUCUCAACGAAAGUUCUCCUGCACAAGAUAAACUCAUCUGUGGCCGACCUUGAAGAAAUCAUUGGUGUGAGGAUCCUCGAAGUGUUCCACAAGCUUUGCGCAGGUCUGGACUGUCCAUCCAAAUUCUGCGAUGAAAAGGUGGCUCUCGAUGAUAAUGUCAUGUCAACUCACAGCACUGCCAGGCUGAGCUUUGUCACUCCCCGUCACCACCGAGCAUCUGUGUGUCUUUGCAGAGAGGGAAGAUGCCCCCUGGUUGAUCAUGGAUGCGAAAGCAAUCCAUGCCCUGAAGGUACAGAAUGUAUUGCUGAUCCAAAAGAGGAAACAUAUACGUGCAUGUGCCCAGGUGGCAAAUUUGGCCAGUGCCCAGUUGGUUCAUCAGUAACAUUUACUGGCAACAGUUUUGUCAAAUACCGUCUGAUGGAAAAUGAAAACAAAUUAGAAAUGAAACUCACCAUGAGACUCCGAACUUAUUCCACUCAUGCAGUUGUUAUGUAUGCCCGGGGAACAGACUACAGUAUUUUGGAGAUCCACAAUGGGAGACUUCAGUAUAAAUUUGACUGCGGAAGUGGGCCUGGAAUCGUCUCUGUUCAGAGCACUCAGAUAAAUGAUGGGCAGUGGCAUUCUGUGUCCCUUGAAGUGAACGGGAACUAUGCCCGGCUUGUUCUAGACAGGGUACACACAGCAUCAGGAACAGCCCCAGGUACUCUGAAGACACUGAACCUGGAUAACCACGUGUUUUUUGGAGGCCACAUCCGUCAGCAGGACACAAGGCCUGGUAGAAGCCCUCAGGUCAACAAUGGCUUCAGAGGCUGUAUGGACUCAAUUUAUUUGAAUGGUCAAGAACUUCCUUUAACCAGCAAACCGAGAAGUUACGCCCACAUUGAGGAGUAUGUCGACGUGUCUCCCGGGUGUCUGUUGAUGGCCAUAGAAGACUGCUCUAGUAGUCCCUGUCAGAAUGGGGGCAUUUGUAACCCUUCACCCAGUGGAGGUUAUUAUUGCAAAUGCAGUGCCUUGUACAUGGGUACACAUUGUGACAUCAGUGUGAAUCCGUGUGCCUCCAAUCCUUGCCUCUAUGGGGGAACUUGUAUUAGAGAUAAUGGUGACUUUGUCUGCCAGUGCAGAGGCCUGUACACUGGACAGAGGUGUCAGCUGAGUCCAUAUUGUAAAGAUGAGCCAUGUAAAAAUGGUGGGACCUGCUUUGACAGCUUGGAUGGUGCUAUUUGUCAAUGUGAAGCUGGUUUUCAUGGAGAAAGGUGUCAAAAUGAUAUCGAUGAAUGUGCUAUCAAUCCCUGCCGUAAUGGGGCUCUUUGUGAGAACACCCACGGCUCUUAUCGCUGCAACUGUAGCCUUGACUAUCGAGGAAAACACUGUGAAGACUCACUUCCCAACAAGUAUGUUUCAACUCCAUGGAAUAUCGGGUUAGCCGAAGGAAUAGGAAUCAUCGUGUUCAUCGUAGGCAUAUUCCUCCUGGUGGUGAUAUUCGUUGUCUGCCGCAAGAUGAUCCAUAAGAAGAAGAAGCACCAAGCAGAACCUGAGGACAAACAUCUGGGACCCACAACAGCUUUCUUACAAAGGCCAUAUUUUGAUUCAAAACUUAAUAAGAGCAUUUACUCUGAUGUACCUCCCCAGGUGCCCGUCCGCCCCAUCUCUUACACUCCAAGCAUUCCAAGUGACUCCAGGAACAAUCUUGACCGAAAUUCCUUUGAAGGGUCUGCCAUUCCAGAACAUCCUGAGUUUAGUACCUUCAACCCAGAUUCAAUGCAUGGACACCGAAAAGCUGUGGCUGUCUGCAGCGUCGCACCCAACUUGCCUCCCCCACCUCCCUCAAAUUCACCUUCAGACAGUGACUCAAUCCAGAAACCCAACUGGGAUUUCGACUAUGACACUAAAGUGGUAGAGCUUGAACCAUGUAUUUCAAAGAAGCCUCUAGAAGAAAAAAUAUCGCAUCCUUACAGCGCUAGGGAAAGCCUGUCUGAAGUCCAGUCCCUCAGCUCUUUCCAGUCGGAAUCAUGUGAUGAUAAUGCUUCCUUGGUGACGGUAAUACACCUUGUCAAUGCAGUUGUUGACGUUGACAUGGUGGAUAAAGAAGAAUCUUUCGCUGCACCUGACCUCACCAAAUCAAAAGGGUAUCACUGGGAUACUUCUGAUUGGAUGCCAAGUGUUCCGCUGCCAGAUAUACAGGAGUUUCCCAAUUACGAGGUCAUUGAUGAACAAACCCCUCUCUAUACAGACCCAAGUGCAAUCGAUACGGACUAUUACCCAGGAGGUUAUGAUAUUGAAAGUGACUUCCCACCACCCCCAGAAGAUUUCCCUGCACCUGAUGAACUGCCGCCAUUGCCACCAGAAUUCAGUGAUCAGUUUGAAUCAAUACAACCCCCUAAAGACAUGCCUGCUACAGUGCGUAGCUUGGGCUCUUCCACAAAAAGCCGGCAGAGGUUCAACUUCAACCAAUUUCUGCCCAAUUUUUAUCCCGUAGACAUGUCUGAACCUCAAAAGACAGCGAACGGAGAGAACAGUAGUUGUAGAGAACCCUUCACCCCUUACCCUUCAGGGUAUAACAGAGACUUUGAAGCACCCACCGUAGACAACAUGUCCAUGUCUGUGUACGCUUCGACAGCUUCCUGCUCCGAUGUGUCAGCGUGCUGCGAAAUGGAGUCGGAGGUAAUGAUGAGUGACUAUGAGAGUGGAGAGGAUGGUCACUUUGAAGACGUGACCAUUCCUCCACUGGAUACGCAACAGCAUACAGAAGUCUGACACUCAAAUUCUGGGAAAAAAAAGUGCCUGGACUUUCAAGAACUUAUAUUCUAGACUGAUAUCCUGAAGAUCUUAAUUUUUCUUUGCAGCGGCGCUUGAAUGCUUUCUUUUCUAUGAGCUAAAAUUGGCAUGGCUGCCCUGAAUCAUGCAGCUCAUUUCCACAUGUUACCUGGGUUUCAUUUCCUGACCUACUGUGUGUGAUUGGAUGAACUUAAGAUUUACAUUGGCUGUGCCAUUAGUAAAUGUUUUUUUUUUAAUUUACUUUGUCUAUGUUAAAAUAAUAAAAGCAAAAAUCAUCCAGACCUCAUCACCAUUUUAGCAUGAUUCAUCUAGAUUGCAUUACAUUAACUUUUUUCUGUUUUUUUUUGUAAAUGUUAUGUACAGAUUUGUUUUUAAUAAUUUUAAUUAGAUUUUUGUAGAUAUUUUGUCAGUUCAUUUCCCACCGAAUCUUAGUGGUGUUACUCUGUCAUUUCCCAGAGACCUGAUUUUUAUUGUGGGACUUUCACUACGUGUCCAUUUCCAUUAUAGUACGACUUUUCAUGCAAACAUUUCACCAUAACUGUAUUCUUGCAAUACUAGCUGUAUAUAGGAUGAAGGAUGAUCUGGUACUUUCUAGGUCAGACACGGUACAUGGAGAUGUCUUAAAUGGGUUGCUGUAUUUUAGGAUUAAACACAUUUUUCCCUUAUUGGAAAGUGUAAUGGGGACCCUCUGCAUAUUUGUUUAAAUCCCAAACCACCAUGACACACUUUUUAUAGUGUCUGUAUAUUUGUGAUGCAAUGGUCUUGUAAAGGUUUUUACGGAAAAUAACCAUUAGCCAAGUCUUUCUUACUGACAAUAAAUUAUUAAUAAAAUA